GCUGAUAAAAAGGUAAACUAUAAUAACAACCGAAGUAACUAAAUAAGAAAAUUUUUAGGUCCAAAGAUUUAGGAGUUGUUCUUCCCCGCCAACAUCCGCUUCUUCCACCAUCUGCCUUCGUAGCUCGCUCUCCUUCUUUCCCCUCGUCAAAUACACUUCUUCAGAUUGGAAAUCGAACUCACAUCAUUACUGCCAGGUGAAUCUUAUAAAGGUCGGACGUGAAAAUGGUUUCUGAAUUGAUAAAUGCCAACCCCAUUGUGUAUGAGAAGAAGGAGCGUCGAGCUAGGAGUGGUCAAAGUGUGGAUGAAUAUGCAGCUGAAACUAUCGACCAGCUCGAAAUUUUUGACUAUCUUAGAGAUAUAAAAGAUCCAGAGCAUCCCUAUUCUCUGGAAGAGCUGAAAGUUAUAACAGAAGAUGCCAUUGAGGUAGAUGACGAGCGAAGCUAUGUAAGGGUCACAUUCACGCCAACUGUUGAACAUUGCAGCAUGGCAACCGUUAUUGGAUUAUGCUUGCGUGUGAAACUUAUGCGAUGUUUGCCUUCACAUUAUAAGGUAGAUAUUAGAGUAGCACCCGGUACUCACGCUACAGAAGCUGCAGUAAAUAAGCAGUUGAAUGAUAAAGAACGGGUAGCUGCAGCAUUGGAAAAUCCUAACCUUGUCGAUAUGGUAGACGAAUGCCUUGCUCCAUCUCUUGAAUGAGGAAGUUUACUAAGUCUAUGUUCAGUAUAUGAAGAUACAACCUGAAAAGCUUUCAUCAAAAAGUUGUUCUAUGUCAAAUUAGCUUUAGUGGCUGUUUUUCACAGCUUUUCAUUGGUUUUAUUUAAUUGAUUAUGUUAAUAAGGUUGUUGUUUAUUGAACUUUGAAAUCACAAUGUAGUUGGAUGGUAUGAAAUAAGUUGUAUUUUUAUAAAGAGAUCUAUGCAAUAUUUAUAUCAUCAUAUUCAA